GUAACUAUCUCUAUAAGAACUCACGUAGUUCUGCAAUCCUAAUCUUCAACUGAAAUUCUAUUUCCGAAAUGAAUUAUUGCCUCAUGUAAAGGGACGCUUGAACGUACAUACAAGGCUAGAAAUGUGGACUACUGCUCUAACCGUUUUGUUAUGCGCCACCGGCUCCGGCUUGGUUGGAGCUACGCCAAACUCAAGUCCGGAUCAAAAACCGCUUGGUCCCGGCCAUGAGACAGAGACGCAGCCGUCACGAUCUCAACCUAAUGUCGUGUUUGUUCUAACAGACGAUCAGGACGUACACUUAUCGUCGCUAGAUUAUAUGCCAUUGGUCAAGAAGCAUCUAUUAGACCAGGGAACGCGGUUUGGUAGCCACUACGCAACAACAGCUGUGUGCUGUCCAUCGAGGGUCACGCUGUGGACGGGGAAGUUUGCGCAUAACACGAAUGUUACGGAUGUGAAACCGCCGUACGGGGGGUAUCCUAAAUUCGUAUCUCAAGGCUUCAAUGACAACUAUUUCCCGGUCUGGCUACAGGAGGUUGGGUAUAAUGUAUAUUAUACGGGAAAGUUGUUCAAUGUGCAUACGGUGGAAAACUACAACUCACCGGCCCCAGGAGGAUUUACGGGCUCGGACUUCCUACUCGACCCCUAUACGUAUAACUAUCUAAACAGCACGUUUCAGCGGAACGGAGAAGAGCCGCGUAGUUAUGAAGGACAAUAUAGCACUGAUGUGUUAGCGGAGAAAGCGUAUGGACUGCUAGAUGAAGCUGUUGAUGCGGGAAAGCCUUUCUUCCUCGUCGCCGCACCGAUUGCUCCUCAUGCCAAUGUUGUGAUGAAGGAUUCGGCUUCGGCUUCGGGUAGUCAUCGCGAUCUCGAUAAUCUACCUUUCGAGUUCACCGAGCCGGUACCCGCUCAGCGGCACAAGCACCUUUUCAAAAAUGAGAGGGUUCCUCGGACUGAUAAUUUUAAUCCAGAUGAACCUUCCGGCGCAAACUGGAUCUCCCAGCUACCGCAGCAAAACAGCACCAACGUAGAGUACAACGACCACUUUUACCGGCAGCGUCUGCGCUCUCUCCAAGCCGUCGACGAACUCGUAGACGGGCUCAUCCAGCGGCUCGACGCGCAUAACAUCCUCGACAACACGUACUUCGUGUACAGCAGCGACAACGGGUAUCACAUCGGGCAGCACCGACUACAACCGGGCAAGAGCUGCGGAUACGAGGAGGACGUGAAUGUGCCACUGAUCGUGCGGGGGCCGGGCAUUGCGGCCAAUUACACUGCUGAGGGUGUGGUGACUACGCAUGCGGAUCUCGCGCCGACAUUUUUUGAGUUGCUAGGGAUUGAGCAGAGGGACGAUUUCGACGGCGCGGCAAUCCCGGUGACGAGGGAGGGGAUUGAAGAGGUUAAGGGACGGGGGGAGAGGAGGGAGCAUGCGGGUAUUGAGUAUUGGGGGAUGGCGAUGGGUGAGGGGAUUUAUAACCGAAAUCUCCGUGAGCAUAAUACUUACAAGGCUCUUCGUGUCUCAGGGCCGGGGUAUAACUUAUACUAUUCUGUCUGGUGCAACAACGAGCACGAGUUGUACGAUCUAAAUGUCGACCCAGGCCAACUCCAUAACCUUCUCGACUCCUUAGAAUAUACUACCGCUUUAACAGCCACAGCAGCUGGAUAUCCUAUAGAUAAAGUUGCCGCACGCCUUGACGCCCUGGUACUAGUCCUCAAAACCUGCGCAGGCUCAACGUGCCAACGACCGUGGGCGGAAUUACACCCCGAGGGCGGCGUGCAGACGCUCGCGGACGCGCUAGAGCCGGAAUAUGACAGUUUAUACGAGGCGCAGGCUCGUGCUGCUCACGUUGAGUAUGCGUACUGCGCUAAUGGGUUCUUACCUGAUGCUGAGGGUCCGACGUGGGAGGGCUUGAGGGAUGGGUUGAGGUGGGAGGAUUGGGUAUAAUGUAAAGCUUUAAGAGUUAUGAAAAGUUAAUGCAUGUUUUAUCCGGGUAUCCACUACCACCGGGGGGGGGGGGGGGGG